AUGAGCCUGGAUGAAAUGGAUAUCACAGAAUUUUCGAUGCGGGAUAUUGAUGAAAUAUGGGGUCAGUGGAACCAGAGCAACGAGAUGUUGUCCGAUAGGAACCUUCCUUCCAGUCGCAGGAAACGCAACCAGGACACCACGGCGGCGGAUAUAACGGGGGUCUAUGAUGCAGAGUUCAAGUACUUUUACGAAGUGCCCUCUCAGUUGGUUGUGCAUGUGCCUUCUGCAAGGCUUAACAUCACCCGAUUAGUCUUUUGUCGUAACUAUCGGCCUUUUGAAGCGGAUUCGUGUAAAAUGGGCAACAACUGCAAGUUUGUGCACGCCGAUGUGGAUGUCGGGAUGCUGGAAGCGUUUCCAAUUCAUGUCAACUACAUCUGGCAGAAUGAGAAGUUGUGCACCUACACACGGUUGCCGCCAGGUGAACGCUUGGAAGUCCUCUCCAGUGAUAUGUGCACCGUGGAGACUUUCCCCAGUGAACGUAUUCUCUUAACAUGUGGAGCACUUGCACAUCAAGAGAAUGCAGAGCCGUUGAUACGCUGCAAGUAUUAUGAUUCCAGGCAGACAUGCUAUGCGGCGGAGGGCUGUAACUUCGUUCAUGUCAUCUACGUUGAUCCAAAUUGUCAGGGGUCUUUUAAGCGGGCGCCAAAGGCAGCUACGGAGACCCGAGGAGCGACAGCAAAUUCCUCACUAAAUGCGACUUACCACAAGGCCAACACAAACCAAAAUAAUAAUGGAGAGAAAAACUACAAUCAUAACAGUAACAUUAUCUGUCACGUGGCGGAAAAUCAUGGUGUGCCAGUGAACCAAUUAAACUGGCUACCCCAUGUGGCUGUUCCACACGUUUUCCCAAGUGGGAUAGGUCAGAUGCCCCUUCACAAUCCCCAUAAUGGUGCACCUUUCACUCCUGUAUCACCAAUUUCAUGUCAAGAGAACGGUAUAUCGACAGGUGUGGUUGGGGUGACUGGCAUCAUGACUCCAGUGGCUACGAACGGUCAUCAACAGACUCCGGCUCCAGCACCUCAUUGUGAUCAAACGGAAGGCAAUCUACAGGGGCUUGUGCAAAUGUUGCAGGCGCCAGGCUACUCCACUAGUUACGGUUUCAUUCCAGCUAGCACUCAACCAUUGAAUGGAACAACUCCACCACAACAGUUAUCUGAUGGAAAUAACAAUGCUACCAACAACACAACAUUGACGCAGGAACAACUCACUGGUUUUCUUUCUCCGGUACUUUCGCUUAUUACUCAGCGAGUGUCUUCACCGCAUACUUUUUCAAUUGCCCCGUCACCGUUGCUUGAGGAACCGUAUGCGAUGGGAACUUUGUUGUUCUUACCUCGUGGUGCGAGUGAGGCUGCACCAGUUCAAUCUGUGUACGACAGUUCUUUUUUGAGUGUCAUCAAAACGUUGGGCUCCCAGCAGCAACGCGCUGUACAGGCGGUGAUGCAGGCAAAUGCACCCUCAGUGUCUCAGCCAAAUUCUGCAACGGGAGGUGGAACACUUCAAAAGGUUCCGUACACUUUUGUUCCUUCUGGAAGCUGUAACAUGGUUUCAACUGUUGCUCUAAGCUCAGCCGGAAGCGGUUGUCUUGGGGGAGGAAGAACUGUGGGCAGUAGUAUUAGUAGUGGUGGGCCCACGGUAGAUAUUUGUCCAAAGGCCUUACCGCAAUUCGACGGUGCAACAAACGGAGUUUAUGCCUGGAUGCAUGGCGUGUAG